AUGAUGUCCUUUAUCUCUCUGCUCCUGGUUGGCAUCAUGUUUCCUGCCAUCCAGGCAAAGCAAUUUACUAAAUGUGAGCUGUCCCAGGUUCUGAAAGACAUGGAUGGCUUUGGAGGCAUUGCCUUGCCUGAAUGGAUCUGUACUAUAUUUCAUACCAGUGGUUAUGAUACACAAACCAUAGUCAAUAACAAUGGCAGCACAGAAUAUGGACUCUUCCAGAUCAACAAUAAAGUUUGGUGCAGGGACAACAAGAUCCUUCAGUCAAGGAACAUCUGUAACAUCUCCUGUGACAAGUUCCUGGAUGAUGACCUUACUGAUGACAUGAUUUGUGCCAAGAAGAUUCUGAAUAAGGAAGGAAUCGACUACUGGUUGGCCCAUAAACCACUCUGCUCUGAGAAGCUGGAACAGUGGCACUGUGAGAAGUUGUGAGUGCCUGCUGUCUUUGUUACUUCUGCCCUCUGUAUGUUCCUAGAAUGUCUCCUCCCUAAGGCUGCCUGAGUUUGCUUC